UAUGUGGUCGCUCAGCCCUUAAGAAAAGUGUCCAUCGAACUGAUCAAAACAUACAAACACAUCAAUGAGGUUUACUAUGCAAAAAAGAAGCGGCGUCACCAACAGGGUCAGGGCGAGGACUCCAGCAACAAGAAGGAGAGGAAGAUUUACAACGACGGUUACGAUGACGACAACUUUGACUACAUCGUUAAAAAUGGCGAGAAAUGGAUGGACCGAUACGAGAUCGAUUCUUUAAUAGGCAAAGGCUCGUUCGGUCAGGUGGUGAAGGCGUAUGACCGCGUGGAGCAGGAGUGGGUCGCCAUCAAGAUCAUCAAGAAUAAAAAGGCCUUUCUGAAUCAGGCUCAGAUUGAAGUCCGACUGCUGGAGCUCAUGAACAAACACGACACCGAGAUGAAGUACUACAUCGUUCAUCUGAAACGCCACUUCAUGUUCCGGAACCACUUGUGUCUGGUCUUCGAGAUGUUGUCCUAUAACCUGUACGACCUGCUGAGGAACACCAAUUUCCGCGGUGUGUCUCUGAACCUGACGCGCAAGUUUGCUCAGCAGCUGUGCACCGCGCUGCUCUUCCUGGCCACGCCUGAGCUGAGCAUCAUCCACUGUGACCUCAAACCCGAGAACAUCUUGCUCUGCAACCCCAAGAGAUCCGCCAUCAAGAUCGUGGACUUCGGGAGCUCCUGUCAGCUGGGACAGCGGAUAUACCAGUACAUCCAGAGCCGGUUCUACCGCUCGCCCGAGGUGCUGCUGGGAAUGCCGUACGAUCUGGCCAUCGACAUGUGGUCUCUGGGCUGCAUCCUGGUGGAGAUGCACACUGGAGAGCCUCUGUUCAGCGGCGCUAACGAGGUCGACCAGAUGAAUAAAAUCGUGGAGGUGUUGGGCGUCCCUCCCAAUCAUAUUCUGGAGCAGGCGUCUAAAGCCAGGAAGUUCUUUGAGAAGAUGUCUGACAGCACGUGGUGUGUGAAGAAGACCAAAGAUGGCAAAAGGUAUAAACCCGCAGGCUCCCGGAAGCUGCACAGUAUUUUGGGCGUGGAGGCAGGUGGCCCCGGCGGGCGGAGAGCCGGUGAGUCGGGUCACGCCGUCGCAGACUACCUGAAGUUCAAAGACCUGAUCCUGCGGAUGCUGGACUACGACCCAAAGACCCGCAUCCAGCCGUAUUACGCUCUGCAGCACAGCUUCUUCAAGAAGACCGCUGAUGAAGGCACCAACACCAGCAGCAGCGUGUCCACGAGUCCGGCGCUGGAGCAGUCGCAGUCGUCCGGAACCACGUCCAGCACCUCCUCCAGCUCAGGAGGAUCGUCUGGAACGAGCACCAGCGGCCGCGCCCGCUCCGACCCGACCCAUCAGCACCGGCACAGCGGAGGACACUUCAGUGCUGUGGCGAGACAGGGCUUCGCUCCGGCGCUGGGUUGGGUGGGAGGAGACGGACUCCAGCAGGCGGCCGGAGAGACGCACCCCGUCCAGGAGACCACCUUCCACGUGCCGCCACACCAGCCCAAGGCUCUGCACCCCCAUCAUCAUCAUCACCACCACCACCCGCCGCAGCAGCACGCCCCGGGCCCCGCCAGGCCCCGGCCCCGCCUCUACUCGCCCUCUCACAGCGCCUCCACGCAGGACUCCAUGGAGGUGACCCACGGCCACCUGUCCAUGACCUCGCUGUCUUCCUCCGCCUCGUCCACGUCCUCGUCCUCCACCGGGAACCAUCACUACGCCUACCAGAGCCGCCUGGGCUUCGGCCACAACGGCAGCAUGACUUUGGGACUGGGUGCCUUCUCCAACCCGCGGCAGGAGACGGGCGUGCCGGGCCACCCCUCGAACUCUGGGCCGGGCCACUACAUAGCUGAGACUCACAUGGGCCUGCGGCCGGGCCUGGAGCGCGAGGAGUCACCCAUGGCGGGCGUGUGCGUGCAGCAGAGCUCGGUGGCCAGCUCCUGACCGGAUUAACUCUGGCUUGACACCAGGCUGUCCUCCUCUGACCUUUGCUUCUGUUCUCCGAUUCUCAGAUGGUUUCAGAUGCUCGUGCGCACGGGAGCGAGAGCGUCACGGCCGACCCACCCCAAUCCCCCCACCGCGCUCGCGUCUUUUCUUCUUCACGUCGUGUGCUUCGAGCAGAGCUUUCCCAGAGUGCAAUGAGACCCCUGUGACGGGCGCGUGCGGCCGCGGGCAGCGCUUCUUUAAAAUGGCCUUAUCGUUACGGACUGAAUGAAGACGAGCCGGACAUUUCUUCAAGUGACAAAAGCUUUCAUGUAUUUUUGACGUGCGAACACCCUUCAUUCACGACACGCCAGAACAGAACGGUGAUCCGAGGCCUUUCUUCACUAGAGAUCCGCAGGACUGACGGUAUCAGCGACGGCCGUGUCCCUUCCCGCUCUUCUGUUGUGCUCGGCAUGUGUGUUUUACUUUGGCCCUUUCGCUUCUUUGAUUUGGCUUCACGAUUAUGCUGUGAAUUUUACACCACUUUUGUUUCUCCCUUUUGAUAAUUUAUUGUACCAAAGGCGUUUUUUUUAUAGAACAUAGAUGUCUGCAACCAAUAAUGUAGCAGUUCUGCACUUUGAAGCAAAGGUGUGUGUCAUGUCAGUAAACGACUGUCAGAACUGGAAGUGAUGUUUGAUGUGGCAGAGAGCCCAAUCCUGGACGCCAUCGCUUGCGAAAUUCUGUCGCUCUGUUUUUCUUUCUCUUCAUUUGCUCUUAGCAGACGGCGGCGUGGGUGGUUUUGUGUUGAUUUGGCGGGACGGUGGAUGCGGACUCGAGCUGCUCGGCUGGUCCCAGAGCAGCUGGACAGUCGGAGAUCCCCUCGGCCGGACACCGCUCUCUCUCGCUACUAAAGCAAUCCGCGUCUCUCCGUCGGUCUGCGUGCGCGGUGGUGACGGGUGCGAGCGGGCGCACGGUUCUUUAGGGUUCCUGUGGUCACGGCAUACAGAGGGAGUCCAUGAAACAGGCUUCAGGUGUUUACUUUGUGACCCCAUUUUAAUAGCUGAAAUAGAAUUUAUGUACAUAUUUAUAUUUUUUUAAUAAAGGAAGUUUAGAACUCACUACUUUUUUCCUAAUGGUAUUUUGAGUACAUUUACGUCAACUUGGUAACAUGCAGUGGAAGUUCUCUGUGGUAGUCAAUGGGUAUCAGUGCUUCCAGGCCAAAGUAGUUGACGACGCUAGUACAAAUGCAAAACUCUAGGGUUGAAGCGGGACGGAGAGUAGAUCUUCAUACUUUAAUCUUCUAGACAGGGUAUCGUGUGUGGAUGUGUGUCCCACUCAGAACGGCAUCGGGCGGCGCUUCACAUGUUUGUAUACUCCAGCGCUGACGUAGUAUACAUAGUACAGGAAGUAAUUUUCCGUUUAGUUGUGUUUUUAUCGCACACGCUUCAAUAAAUGGGUCCAUUUGAAAGCAGAAGUCAGCUGUGGCAGACGGGGGGUGUGUGUGUGUGUGCGUGCGUGUUUGUGUGUGCGUGCGUGUUUGUGUGUGUGUGUGUGCA